AUGCAUUUGCUAAUUUCGUUUGGGGCCUUUUUGGUGGCUGAAACGGCAGCGGUGCCCAAAGGGGACACUUCACUGGCUGAGGGCUCGAAUAUUUUACUUGAUCCAGAUUUAAUGUGCAAGAAGACACGUCGUCUACGUGGUAAAAUGGCUGAAAUUUGCCGACGCGAUUCUGCCCUGCUGAAAGAGAUCAUCAACGGCAUAAAUCUAGGCUUCCGAGAAUGUGAAUUUCAAUUUCGAAAUCGUCGCUGGAAUUGUUCAACGUUACGCAAAAGCAUGAGAAAAAUCUUAAUGAGAGAUACUCGGGAAACUGGCUUUGUUAAUGCGAUUACAGCGGCGGGUGUUACAUACGCCGUAACGAAGGCCUGCACCUUGGGUAACCUGGUAGAAUGUUCAUGCGAUAAAAGCCACUCGCGCCGCAAUGGAGGUCAACCCCAAAUGGUUAAUGCCGUCACAGCAGUGGCUGCUUUGGAAAAGCAGCAAGCAGUGUUCGAAAGAAAUUCCACAAAGAAUCCACAGAAAAAAGGAAAUGGCAACCGUAAACGAAGACUUUUGAGAAACAUUAAAUUUCCCGAUGGUGAAUGGGAAUGGGGUGGAUGUAGUGACAAUGUGAAUUUUGGAUUUCGCCAUUCGAGAAUAUUUCUGGAUUCCAAAUAUAGGCGAAGAAGUGAUUUUCGUACGUUGGUGAAACUGCACAAUAACAUGGCCGGGAGACUGGCAAUUCGUGAUUCCAUACGCCUGGAGUGCAAGUGUCAUGGCCUUUCAGGCUCAUGCACUGUCAAAACCUGCUGGCUUAAGAUGCCUUCAUUUCGUGAGGUGAGCUCUAGACUGCGUGAGAAAUUCGAUGGGGCCUACAAAGUGGUGCUGCGCAAUGAUGGCAACAGUUUUAUGCCGGAAAAUGAGCACAUCAAACAACCCUCCAAAUACGAUCUGGUCUACUCGGAUGAUUCGGCCGACUUUUGUGCACCCAACAUAAGAACUGGUUCGUUGGGCACCCAAAAUCGUGAAUGUAAUGUCACCUCACAGGGCCCCGAUAGCUGUGAUCUGCUAUGCUGUAAUCGUGGGCAUAAACAUCACAUUGUCUCCGAAUGGGUUAAUUGUAAAUGUGUCUUCAAAUGGUGCUGCGAGGUAACAUGCGAGAAGUGUCUGGAGAGAAGGGAAAUCAACACAUGUCUAUAGUACAAGGACUAGAGUAAUAUCCCACAGUAUUGCAAUUACUCCCUGUUCAAAAAAAUUGUAACCCGUCUCUCUCUCUCACACACAAUUUGUCAUCUUUCAUUUCCCCCAUCGCCCAUGUAACCAACAAUCAUACAAAAAUCUUCUAUGAAAAUGCAAAGCUUUCCAUUGCGCGUGAUAAUUGUAACUAUUAAAAAUAAUUUAUUAAUCUUUUCUUGAAUACUUUUUUUAAGCGAUUAGUUAGUCAUUUUAUGUAGCUAGACUUAGGGAUUUUCAUGUAGCAUCUAUUACACAUAACUGCAAACCGAAUAUAGUUGUUAAUUAGACCUAGACCUAGAAAUCGAGUAUUUGAAAAUAAAGAAUCUUUCUGAAUGUAUUAACGUGAUAAUAACUUUAGUUCAUCGAUAACUGCUUUAAAAUACUUAUAAAUGUUAACAUUAAUUUUA